GAUACAUCAAAGUUUAUCGAAACUUUUCGUAAACUUUGUCGUGAUGCUGAAAUUGAUGAUUUAAGAGAACAAAAGGAAUACUUUGUUGAAACACUUCCAUACGUUCUUAAAAAGAAGUUUUUAGAUAAAAUAGAUGAUAUUAAAUCUUUAAGUGAUAUUUUCUUAAGAUUUAAUAAUCUUUUAAUUGAACCAACUUCUAAUUUUUUUAUUAAAAAUGGUUCUAUUGUAGCUUUAAGACAUAUUGCUACAGGAAAAUACUUGAGUACGAUUGAAAAUUUACGUUAUGAAACUGGAAGUGGAUCUCAAAUGGUUUUUUUAGGUGAUACAGAACCUCAUCAUACUUCCUUAUGGAAAAUUAAAUUCGAUAAAGAUUACGCUACUAUUGAUACUUUUGUGACUUUACAACAACGAUUUGAUAAAUUUCUUGGAAUACGAUAUGAUUAUAGUAAUUAUUAUAAGAGGAGAGAAAAUUAUUAUAAAUCUCCAUCUCAAAACACAGAAGUGAGUUGUAAUGUAAUAAAGGAAAACGAUAACGAUAACAAGUGGAGAUUUGAUACUAAUGAUUUAAAUUAUCAAGGAUGUUUAAAAUCAAAUGAUAUUAUUACUCUUAGUAUUAAGAAUGAAAUAGUUAAAGAUCGAUAUGAAUUUUUGCGUGGUCAUGAUUUUCAAGUCAAUAUUGGAAAAGAAGUAUAUGAAGAAGUCGUUUGUCAUAAUAAAGGAAUAGGUGUAAAUGAUAAUUGGUGUAUUGAACUUAUUGAGUAAAUAUUUACACGUACAAUACUGGUUUACAAAUCUGGUUAUGGUUAGUAGAAGAUUUUAAUCAAAAUCGUGGUUACGCCACAAUCAUCUUUGUCACGUUAAUUUAUAUUUAUUUAGUUAAUAAAUAUCAAAAAAAAUCCUGUAUAAACAAGUAUAAUAAAAUAAGUAAAUCACGAUGACGAUCGAAAUUUUUUUUUUCUUUUUCCAAACUCCGUAUCUUUAAAAAAAAUGCUU